GGUCUUCGAGGUCUCAUGGGGUUGUGCAGCAGCCAGAAUGUGCAGAGAGCAGGAAAGGGAAGAAAGGUUGUGCUACAAAAUAUACUAGAAACAGAAAACGAAUAUGCUAAGGAGCUACAAACAAUGCUUUCAAACUACCUGCGACCAUUACAAGCCAGUGAAAAGUUAACCUUGACAAAUACUUCAUACUUAAUGGGAAACCUGGAAGAAAUAAGUUCUUUCCAGCAAAUGCUUGUACAGUCUUUAGAAGAAUGCACCAAGUUGCCUGAAGCUCAGCAGAGAGUUGGAGGAUGUUUUCUAAAUUUGAUGCCACAAAUGAAAAGUUUGUACCUUACAUACUGUGCCAACCACCCAUCAGCAGUAAAUGUCCUCACAGAACACAGUGAGGAACUAGGAGAAUUCAUGGAGAUGAAAGGUGCCAACAGCCCUGGGAUCCUUGUACUGACCACGGGCCUCAGCAAACCUUUUAUGCGUCUGGAUAAAUACCCCACGUUACUCAAAGAGCUUGAAAGGCACAUGGAGGAUUAUCAUCCGGACCGUCCAGAUAUUCAGAAAUCCAUGACUGCCUUCAAAAAUCUUUCUGCACAAUGUCAAGAAGUACGGAAACGGAAAGAACUUGAACUGCAAAUACUGACAGAAGCUAUUCGUUGUUGGGAGGGAGAGGAUAUCAAAACACUUGGCAAUGUGAUUUACAUGUCCCAAGUCAUGAUUCAGUGUGCUGGAAGUGAGGAAAAGAAUGAAAGGUAUCUUCUUCUCUUCCCUAACAUUUUGCUAAUGUUGUCUGCCAGCCCAAGAAUGAGUGGGUUUAUCUAUCAGGGAAAACUGCCCAUGACGGGAAUGACUAUUACAAAGCUAGAAGACAGUGAAAACCAUAAAAAUGCAUUUGAAAUAUCAGGAAAUAUGAUUGAAAGGAUACUAGUAUCUUGUAACAACCAACAAGAUUUGCAUGAAUGGGUGGAUCACCUGCAGAAGCAAACCAAAGUCACAACUGUUGGGAAUCCCACCAUUAAACCUCACUCUGUGCCAUCUCACACACUUCCUUCCCACCCAGUGACUCCCUCCAGCAAACAUUCAGACAGCAAGCCAAUACCACUGACUCCUGCCUACCACACUCUCCCUCAUCCAUCACAUCAUGGGACUCCACACACCACAAUAAACUGGGGACCGCUGGAACCUCCGAAAACGCCCAAGCCUUGGAGUCUGAGCUGCCUGCGGCCUGCACCUCCACUACGGCCUUCAGCAGCUCUUUGCUAUAAAGAGGAUCUCAGUAAAAGCCCUAAAACCAUGAAAAAGCUGCUUCCCAAACGCAAGCCAGAAAGGAAGCCAUCGGAUGAAGAGUUUGCACUGAGAAAAAGUACAGCUGCUUUAGAAGAAGAUGCUCAGAUUCUUAAAGUCAUUGAAGCAUAUUGCACAAGUGCCAAAACACGUCAAACACUAAAUUCAACAUGGCAAGGCACUGACCUGAUGCAUAAUCACGUCUUGGCUGAUGAUGACCAAUCAAGUCUAGACUCCUUGGGUCGUCGCAGUAGUCUUUCUCGUUUGGAGCCUUCAGACCUCUCAGAAGACUCUGACUAUGACAGUAUAUGGACAGCCCAUAGUUACAGAAUGGGGUCUACAUCUCGUAAGAGCUGUUGCUCAUAUAUCUCUCACCAGAACUAAUGCACUUCUGAGCUUUUUCUUAACAAAUGCUUGUUGUAUCACAGCCUGCUUUUCUUAGAUGUUUUCUUGCUGUUCCUUGUCUCUUUAAUGUGAUAUUUUAACAACUUCUGAGGGAGCUCCUGAAACUUCAGUUAUACCUGGUGGAAGGCUCUAUUGUCAAUUCAAUACACAUACGAAUAAGUCAUUCUAAAAAGUGUAUAUCCUGUUAAGGAUGAUACUUCUUGAGGGUUUUUUUAACUGACAGAUGUUAAUUUGUAGCUCUGAAUGGUCUUUUUUUUUUUUUUUCUUUUGACUUGGUCAGUGUAGUAGCAGGUCCUUUAUUUUCUUUUUUUUUUUCAUUUUGGAUAAGCACAUUUUUAUAUUUUGUACUGAAACCAUACUGGUUUGAGAGCUGAGUGCCAGCUAUACGGAAAUACCUUAGUGGUAGUGGUUGGAUUUUCUACAUCAUAUUAACAAAGUACAAAGCUGGUAGAGUAAGUAAAAUGCAGCUUAAAAAUAAGCAGUACAAGAGCUGUAAAAUCAUUCAGAUAUUCAUGUAUCUGGCCUAUUUGUUUGGAAGAGCAUUUGCUAAUCCAUAAAAAAUUCUGGUUUUAUACUGCUGUCUUUUGCUCAUUGCUUAAAAUGUUUAUAUGAAGGACCUCACUGCUCUUUCCCCACCCCAGUCUGGCAAUUGUCAUGAAAACCUGGCAGUCCAUGCUCAUUACAUGCAGUGUUUUGGUACUCUCAUGUUACCUGUGGUCAUACUGUCACUUUACUGUAUGCAGUAGUGUGGCAGAAAGCAGGGUUUAGAUGUUUACUUGCCUGUUAAAAUGCACAACUGUCAACUCUCAAUUGACCAUUCUUCUUGAAAAGACGAGAUGAAAAUGGUUCCCCUGAUGGAGGCUCCAGUGUUCAGCAUCUGAAACUCUAGGUACAACUGUGAUCAAAUUGGCUUGUUUGAAGUUCUGAAUAAUAGAAUGCUUGGCUUUUGGGUUGAACUGUUUGGAGCAUGUCUGUGACAGAUUUUAUUGUGUCUUGUAACUUCUCUCAUAAGUAGGUUUGUUUUCAGCAGCAUCUCUUCACUUACAGUUGUGUUGGCUUUUUCAGAGAACUGUGACAUGCUGUGCACAGCUGAAGGUCUCAAACCUGUGCCUGGGGCACUGCUGGGGUGAAGUGUGUGUGUGUGUUCUGUCUUGUUGCUAAAGUAAUUGGCAUCAAAACAAAAAUGGCAUGUUCUCCAAAUCUUUGUAAGCAUUAGGGAAAAGUGUGAUGAAAGGACAGAAACAGUUCUCAGUUUCUCCAGGGUUCCCAAGUGCAACACCCUUAUCCCUUUUCACAUAAGCAUGUUAUCCAGUGUUCAGAUACUACUCUGUGAACAAGUUCAGAGUAAUCAUGACGAAAUUUAACUGCAGCCUGAGAACUUGAUCACACUGUUUAAAAGAUAAUCAAAACCUUUCUGCAGGUUACAUGAUCAGAAAGUUGUAAUUGCUAGAUGUGCAUGAUUACAGAAGGUGGUCAGUGUGGAGAAGAUGUUUUAAGGCAGUUCACAUCUUCAAUUUACGUUCAGUCUUGUUUGAUCCCCUGCUUUAUCCUCUCUCAUUGUUGUUGGCAUUCUAUAAUAUGACUAUCAAAAGCAGUACUGCUUACCAAGGAGAGUUUUCAGGCAUACAUUUUACUGCUGGUCAUAUAUUAAUGUAAUGACCAGGAACUUGUGUAUGUUGAACCUUUUUCAAAUGGAGGAGUCUUGCUUUGAGAAAUGAGAUAAGUAUACGUGCUCCAUAUCAUUUCACAGCACAUUUGUAACCCACUUCACUCCCUUCUUCCUUUCAGUCAGUUUUCUUGUUUUGUUUUUUUAACAUAUAUGGAAAGUAUGGAUUGUUUUUUGCCCUGUUUCUUAUGCUGUGGUGUUCUAGUUGAAUAAUGUUUUCUGCACAGGAUAAAUGAUAAUUCUUUUAUGUCUGUUUCAUGUUAUAUAGUGUAAAUAUGAGUUUGUAAUACAGUUGUUGCACUUGAACUUUCCUUAUCACACAGAAAGUUUUGUUAUCCAGAUCCGAAGAUUUUGACUUUCUAUGCACCAAAGCUUUGACAGUUUACCACCAUUAAUUAUUGUAGCAUUUAAAUCAUUAAGUACUAUCAUAAUUAGGAUCUCUCAUAUUGUGUAUUCUCAUAUUAACAUCACAGCACAUUUAAAAUCAUUCUAUGUCCUCAGUGUUACAGGCUGUAAGCUAUUGUGAACUGAUCAGGAGUAUUAAUGCAAAAUGCUCUAAACAAACAAACAAAAAAAAGGCAAUUGUGGAAAUGGUGGUAUUCAGUCCAAAGGUUCAGUGUUUCUAUUUUUGUGGAACUUUAGUCAUGGUAAUAACAGUACUUUAUGUUUAUGCAAUUCUGUAAAUUGUAUGUGUACAGUUACAAAUACACUGGAAGGAUGGAGAACCUGAAUUGGAAGGUAGGUUCAAGCCAUUGUCAGGCCCUCUUCUCAUGGCUUAUGCAGAGUUUCCAUAAACUAGUGCUUACCAUAAACUGAAGCCAACCAAUAUUAAUUUGGUGUUUUGCGUAAUCUUGCCAAAACACAGUAAUGUGUAUAUAGUGAAGUAAAACAUAGAAAGAAUAAUAUAUAUUGUGCACUUCAUUGUGAAUGGGAGAAGCCAUCUUCAGUAGGUGACUGCCUUUGGAAAAUGCAAAAUGGAUGUAUAUCUGAAUGUUUCAUUGUACUGUACAGUAUGCAUAUUGUUUGUGGUUGCAUAUAUCAAUUAAGUGUUUUGUUUUAUAUAAAAAGGACAUCUGUUAUGUACAGUUGAAAUAAAUUUUGCAUUUGCUAGACUGUGACUUUAAUAUUUAAUUAUUACACAGGGGGAAAGGACAGCAGAACUUGUAACUUAACACAUCCUCUUCUCCCUAUGCCUCCUUUCUCUUCCUUCCUUAUUCCCAGAGGAAUCAAAUGCUGACGUGAAAGACCUUUUUUGACAUGUGUGUAAUCUUUGUUUAAUGUAGUUGACAUCUACAGGAAAUUCAAUGUAAUGUGACGUAUGUAUUCUUCUAUAUCCUCCUUUUUUAAAAAAUAAUUUCAGAGACAUUGCCAUCUAUAAAUUGUUCUUCUGUUGCCUCCCUCUCCUGUUAAACUGAUUUUAUUUUCCUCCUUUUAGUGGUUUUGUGUGUGUGUGUUUUGUUUUUUUUUUUUUUUUUUGAUUGGUAUACUGGGCUGAAUUAUUGGAACAAUCUAAAACCUACUUCUGCAGAUCCUGUUGCCAGAGAGAAAUUUUAUGAAUAUACUAAAGGUGUAUAUAACCUUAUGUGUUUUCAUGAUUUAAUAUUACAUUUAAUAUUUUUCUUUUUAAAGCAAGAGUUAUCCAUAGUGUUUCUACGUAAAAGAUGCUCACAUGAGUGAAUUUAAAUAAAUCAAUAAGCUAAUAUAUGUGCUAAAAUGUUUACAUCAGAAUAAAUUUAAUAAUCACUCCUCUCUAUUAAAAGGUCAUAACUUUAUUUUGCUAUGACUGUAGCAGCUCUAGUCCUGCAGCCGUCUGGUUGGAAGUUUUUGUACUGGUUGGUGAAAUACAGAAAGUUUAGUGGGGUAGCUCUUUCCAAAUGUUGUCUUAGAAAUCUCCCAUGUCUUCAGAUGGUGUAUUUGUAUUAUCAAAUUAUUCAUUCUGUUCUUAUAUGACUAACACUUACAUAUGAAGUUAUAUUUUGGUCCACUUUGUUUCCAUUUUACUCAUCUAAGCAUAUUGCUGAAAAAUGCCUAAAUCAGUCAUCUGAGUCAUGUGGAUUUUUUUUUCCUGUUUGUGUAUCUCUAUUCGUUUAAAAAAAAAAAGACAAAACAACUUCAUGCCCAAUCCUUUUUUGUUAUUCCCAAGAAUUUGCAAAUGAUGGUGUAUCUUAUACAGUGAACUAAAGUUUAGCUGAUAUUUGGAUUCUGGUUUGUAUUUUCUUUACAAAGACAUUAAAGGGUACCCCUUUGAUUUUAGCAGAUCUGUAGCACAGAUUUUUCCGAUUUCUAAAUCUCAACACAGGCAGAGUCUGGGAGCCACCAUUUUUUGGAUUCUUUGUAUUAGGACCUCAUGAAAAAUUUAUUAAGAAAGAGUAGGUUAAUUUGGCAGGUGUGCUCAUCCACUUUAGCAUCUUUAAUAUAAAAAAUACAGUGAAACACUGAAUAUUUAAAAUGACAAGUAACUUUUUUUUGCCUAACAUUUACUUCACUAGGAAAUGUACAUGUCUGUACAUGCCAGUGGUUAAUGGUUGAUCUAAACAGUUGUGUAUAUUCACACUUGUUUUUCAGUGGCAAGUCAUGCUUCUUUCUUUGAAACUCAAGUAAAUUUAAUUUCUGAGAGCUUCUUAGCUUGUAAAGUUGGUGAAAAACAGAACUGUAUAUUUACAAGUACUGUUCCAAAUUUUUGACCUUUAUCCUUGUCUUGUUCCACUCCUUACCUCUCCUAAUCACAGUAAAGGUAUGAAGAAGUGAAGAAAACAAUAAUACUUAAAAGCUGUUCAACAGAGUCUUUGCUCAUGGCCUCAGAUUAUGCUGUGCACUUCUGGAAAUUAACCACCAUCCCCACACAUCUGACUUCCAUAGCUUAAAUUAGGACACUCAUAGUCUUCUAUGACUAUGAGCCUUCUCCUCCCAUUCACCAGCUGGAGGAAGCUGUUCUUGGUUGACUGGGGAGAGCUGGCUUUUAACUUGAUGCCCUGAAAUUAGCUAUUUUAAGCAGGUGACGUGGAUACCCACCUCCAUUUUACUCUUGGCUUAAAUGGUUCCUGGACAGACAAGGUCUUUGAACAUAGGCAGAAAUUUAAUAUCCAGUUAAAGUGGAAAGGUUUCUGAAUUUCAUCCUCCUUUUCUUACUUCCCUCCUGCAAAACUUCUGGAUUCCCUUCAUAUUUGUCUGCUAAGUGAUUCAAAACAAAGGACCAACCAGACUGUUUACCAGUACAGCUCUUUCUGAAGCCUGGCUUCUGUCAGGAACCAGGAUGGUUCCAUAUUAAAAUAGCAUGGUGCCCAGAGAAAUUGUGGAUGCCUCAUCCCUGGAAGUGCUCAAGGCCUGUUUGGAUGGGGCUUUGAGCAACCUGGUCUCAUGGAAGGUGUCCCUGCCCAAGGCAGGGGGGUUGACUCAGUGUCAACCAUUUUGUAAGAUGUCAAGCUCCUUUUGGGGCAGAGUGAAUAAAAGGCUGAGGUUGUGAGUUAGGAUUACAAACAGACAUCAAUGAGAACCUCUGUGGUAUUCAGCCUCUGCUAUAGUAUCUUCCUGGUUUGGUGUUAGAACGGGCUAAAUUUGCUAAACCUAUAAUUUAGGGUAUAGUAUUGUCAAAAAGCGUUGUAAUUCUUUAUUCUCCACUCUAGGAGUGAGAGAUACUGAUAUUGAAUAGAUCUUUAUUUUUUUGGAUGGAAUUUAAUUUAUGGAAACUUAGUUGAAUCUUGAUUGUAGUGGUCAGUUGUUUGCCUUAAUUAUUCAACAGACUUCUAAACAGUGCGGUCAUUCUUCCAAGACCCUAGAUUUAACAGUUCUGUGUUGAGAAGUUACAGCAACUUACUUGGCCUUAAUAUUUGUUUGCUGAUCUUGAAGUAAUGGUUUGGGUUUGUCAAACAUCCUUUCUUGUCCCAUCCACCUUCCUUCCCUGAAUACCCUCCCCCUGCCAAAAAAAACCCCAAACCAAAUGAAACCCUGUUUUGUGUAGCUCGGGGUGUGGAGUGUCCAUCUUUAAAAAAAUGCAAACCCAAACUAAACCAAAAAACAGCAACAACAACAACAAAUCCCUCCACAAAAACUCCCCAACAAACUAACUGACUGGUACCUGUGGUUAUGGUGUGUCAAGGUGUAUUAGGCAGUUGUUUGAGGUCAAUUUAAAUAUAGUCAUUUGGCCUUUUUGACUUGGAAUAGUGUCUUGUAAUAAAAUUUAGUGUGAAACCUGGAUGCUUAGGAUUGAGGAAUAGUAGAUAUGGCAAACAAAAGUAACUUGAUUCUUCCACCCUCUUUCAUGAAAAUGUGGAGUAUGUCUCAAAGGUGUUUAGGAUUAUCUAAGCUGCUGGAACCUCCUUGACUGUCCUUUCAGUAUUGAUUCAGUGGGAAGUGCCCACUGUACCGUAACACAACCCCUUUCCGUGUGUCCUAAAGCUGUAGCUUUUGCAGAGGGAAAUGGUUACACAGAGGAUAAGCAUAUAGAACCUGAUGAAGGCACAAGGUGCAAUUUAGGGGAUAUUGCUGAGUGCCAGUGAUGAGAUGACUCUGCUUGAAGUUCCUUCCAGAUGUAUAAUUGCAAAAAAAAGCACCUUAAAAAAAAAAAAAGGAUAGCUGCUGGCAUAAGUGGUGCAGAAAAGCAGUAUUUUGAAAUAGCUUCCUUUUGCCUUUAGAACUUGACACUUCAUCUCUGAUGUUACCGUGCACGUACUGAUUUGAUGACCGGAUCCUUUGUGGGAGGGUAGAUGUGCUGUGUGUUUGUACCUUUGAUACUCAGCAAGUGCUUGUGGGGUUUAGGAAAAAAAAAUCUACAAUAAAGAAAAACCCACCAAAGCUCAAAAAACCCAAACCACGAGAAAGGAGAAAGUGUGGGGGGUUUUGCCUAAGUACGAACCAUAAGAGCAGCGAGAGUUCUGACAUACAAGCAAGGGUUUGUAUUACCAAAGGUGUUGGAGCAAUGAAGGCGAGAGUGAGACUUGUGUUCUGCUGUAGCUGCUGUCCCAUGGCACAGGAAGGUCAGUGUUCACAGCAGCAGUUUUGCAUUGUGUGUGUUUGUGUAGUGUGAGGUCUCCUUGUAUGUAUAGUGCUGGUGAGCUGCUUUGUGUGUCUCAGCAGUGUUGUGUGCUGUGCUCUGCUGUACAUUCAUCAGGAUACACUGCUGUAGACAUCUGCUUCACAUGCAUGUGUGUGUAUAACUGAACAGCUGGGACAUUUGUUGUCAAGCUGUCUCCUCCAUGCUAUUUGUGCUUUGCAAGGACCCAUGUUACCCUGCCCAAGCAGACAGCUGGAUGCAGCUCUAUAGAAGGAGAAAGAUAACGUGUGCUCCAUUUGGGUGGAGGGAGUCAUGGGUGCGAAACACAUGGCAGUUCUCUCCCCCUUGGUCAGUUCUCCCUCCCUUGGCCUGUGCUGGGCUGAGGUGUGCUCCACAUCAGUACAGAGACCCAAAAUGCAGUGAUCUGGUAGCAGCUGCUGCCAACUAAUUCCCACAAUUCAGUUCUGUUACUUGCAAGGCUAAUAAAGCAGAGCAGUAAGCAAUUGACUGAAAUAAACAUAAGAGAGCUUUUAACACUUAGAGUUUGGCAGCACAAACAGGGAAGUGUCCUUGACCUCCCUACAGAGUUUGGAUAUGUUUGUUUUAUAGGUUGCUCCUUCUGGAAAAUAGGUGGCAGUGGAAGUGUAUUAACUCUUAAAAGAUCUCUUCAUUCUGUAAGAAGAACUUACAGCUUUCAAGGACGUGAUUGUUUCUCAAAUCUGCUGUUAUCUUUAUUCCAUAUAAUAUUGACAACCAUAUACUGAUACAUUAGAUCUUUACUGUAAGCUUAAGGAAACUGUUUUCUUCAUUAAAAACAUUUGUUAUUGUUUGCUAAAAUAGUUUAAAUAGCUAAACGUGUACAACUAAGGUUGGGUCCAAACAUGUACAGAUAAGGUAGGGUCCCUACAAGCUCACUGUUCAGAACUCAAGACUGCAGCUGUUUAGGAAGUUAGUAUUUUUUAGUGAGUGUGAUUUAUUCAACUUUUUAAUUUGUUUAUAUUAUGUAUUUUACUAUGAACCAUAAAGAAAAGUGCUGUUAUCACAAAGCAGCUGUUCAGCAACUAAUUUCUCUGGACAGGCAUGUGCUCUGUAGUACCAAGUUAUCAGUUUGAACUGUAUGAGACUUAAGAAAUUCCUGAUUAAUGAAAGUUCACUACAGUGAAUUGGUAGGCAGGUAUACCUUGUUUGUUAAAACCAAUGUCUUAGUUAAAAAAUUUAAGAAAUGCUUUAUCUGCAGUGUUUGAAUUCUGUACAAAUGCUUAGACACCAAUUUAUUUACAGACCUUCUUAAAAAAAAAACCCUUGUAAUUUGUUGCAGCCUAAUUAAAUAAUCUUUGUAGAAUACAUACUUUAUGUACUUAUGGGUGAAUGCACAUUUCUGGGCUGUAGAUUUUUCUAGUCAGAGCUAUUUUUUUUAUAAUCUACAUUUUAUCUUGAUGUCAUAAAUUGUAAUGUGUGGAAAAAGUUCUGAAGAUAUUGGAAUGCUUUGAGUUUUUAUCAUCAAACCAUGCAGUGCUUUUUAAAACAUCUAUUAAAUACAAAGAGUGUAUUUCAUUUGGUAGGAAUGAAUUAUAGGACUAAAAGGCUAUGUGUAAGAGGAUUUGCAUGUAUAUGUGUGUGCACACACACAGGUGUGGUGCUUACAGUGUUUUGGCAAAAAGGGUUUUCACUUAUUUUUCUUUAAUUGCUGUGUCAUUUGAUACCACUAUUCUGCUCCUUACUGACAGAGUGAUGGGUUUAGAGCAGAAUAGUUUCUUGGUUUUGUAUCAAUGUGAGAUCAGAAUCUGUCCUUGAGGCUUAAAUCGCUGUUACUUAAUCAGAGCUAUGUCUUUCUUUCUCAGUCUGCCAUGGGGAAUUUGCACAGCUUUUACUGAUGGUUGAGUAGUGCACUAUUCCUUGAACAGUGUAACAUCCCCGUCAAUGACUCGGGCGUUAUGUCAGCAGUGGGAUACGAGUGUCAGACAACCUUUUGUUGUUGUAAGGCUGUGAUUUCAAAAGUAACAAAUGUGUCAGUAACUCGUGUGUAGAGGGAAGGGGGAAAUGGAAAGUGGUAUAGCUUGGUCAUGGGGGUGUAUCAUGCAGUGAAUGAAAGAAUAAUCUUUGAAAUGUCUCAGUGGCAUUUGUGAGUUGCUCAUUUUUUAAUAUAUUUUUACAACAGGUUCCCGUAAAGAAUCAGCUCCUCAAGUCCUGCUUCCAGAAGAAGAAAAAAUUAUUGUAGAA